UCCUCUACCAUCUCCGCUUCCAAUCCCGCGUACCCCAUCUCCCACACCACCGACCAAUGGAGGGCGACGCGGCGAACCACGGAGGCCAGGCCGCGCACCACCAGCAGCAGAUCGGCGUCCCGGCGCUCGUGGAGGAGAACGUGGUCGUCGACGUCAACGACGGCGGCGCUCUACACGACGGAGUCCAGCCCGCUGUUCCGGAGCAGAUGCACCAGAUCAUCGCCGUCCACGGCGAGGAGGAGGACGCCCUCCUGCAGGCGCACCAAGGAGUCGACGCGCAGCUGCUCGCCGUCCCGGCGCUCGUCGAGGAGCACGAGGUCGUCCAAGUCCACGACGGCGGCGCUCUGCAGGAAGGAGGACUCGUCGACCCCGCUGUUCCCGAGCCGCUGCAGGAGAUCGGCGGCGUCCCUGGCGAGGAGGAGGACGCGCUCCUGCAAGCCAACCAAGGAUUCGAUGCGCCUCACGACCAGCAGCUGCUCGCCGGGCUCGUCGAGGAGCACGAGGUCGUCCACGUCCACGUCGGCGGCGCUCUGCAGGAAGGAGACGUCGACAUCGCUGUUCCCCAGCCGCUUCAUGAGAUCGGCGGUGUCCCCGGCGAGGAGGAGGACUUGCUCCUUCAAGCCAAUCAAGGAGUCGAUGCGCCGCACCAUCACCAGCUGCUCGCCGGGCUCGUCGAGGAGCACGAGGUCGUCCACGUCCACGACGGCGGCGCUCUGCAGGAAGGACUCGUCGACCUCGCUGUUCCCCAGCCGCUGCACGAGAUCGGCGGUGUCCCCGGGGAGGAGGAGGACGCGCUCCUUCAAGCCAAUCAAGGAGUCGAUGCGCCGCACCAUCACCAGCUGCUCGCCGGGCUCGUUGAGGAGCACGAGGUCGUCCACGUCCACGACGGCGGCGCUCUGCACGAAGAAGUCGUCGACCCCGCUGUUGCCGAGCCACUGCACGAGAUCGGCGGUGUCAACGGCCAGGAGAACCUAGGGAUGCCGCACCACGAGGAGCACGUCGCCGUCGCGGGCCUCGGACACCAGGACGUCGACAACCCCGGCGUUGAAGAGGCAGGACAUGACGAUGUCUUCGAGGUCAACGGCGACGACGAGCAGGUGCUCGACGUCCUGGCGUACGGCGACGGGAUCGUGGUGGGCGAGGCGGUCGUCGAGAACGCCGGCCUGGAGGCGCUGGGCGAGAACCACGGGCUCCAUGUGCAGGAGGGUGCGGCUGGCGACGACGCCGACCACGACAUCUUCGUCGACGCCCUGACCCGGAGGGCGGAAUCAUGAUCGACGUUGAGGUCGACGUCGAGCUGGUCCCAGCUCUACAGGCUGUACCAGUGGAAGGCGAUAUGCCUGACGACGCAGUCCUUGUGUUUGAGCCGGAUGAUGUACUUCUUGUGGACAUACCCGUGGAUGUCGAGGGGGUUCAAGUUGUGGAGGUGGCGCACCUGGAUGGUGGAAAUGGUGAUCAGCAGCAAGCCAACGAAGACGAAGACGAAGCCGAAGGCAUCGAAGAAGAGCUGAUUGAAGCUGCGAACAACUUCGAGAUACACGCUUUCAUCAACCGUCCCGCGCCUCCCGGCCGCCAAAUUUGCUGCUGCGAGUGCGGGCCGUGCGGCAUUUCUGAACUUCUGCUGUUCCUUUGGCUAGUCUUUGGUGUGGCAAUACUGCUGUUUCAGGGGCGAUACAAAGGCGAGUCACUUCCGGGCGGAGUGGCGAGCACCAGUUCCUCCAAGAGCACAGCGCUGGUCCCAUUUUAUCAUCUACAUGUUCUGCCUCCGCAGGAGUUUGCUAUCCGUGGGAGAAGCCCAAUGACCUUGACGAGGCGGCUAUGCAUUGCUUCAUCCUCCUCAUACGCCAAGCAACCCUCAAAUGCUUUGUUUCAAGGCAUGGCAAGUACACUGAUGGAGAGUGUGGAGACAAGUGCUUCGAGAGCUUGGUCAGGGAGGCUGUACUUACCUGCUCCGAGGAUCAAAAGAAAACCUAUGAUGGCGUGCCCCCCACCUGAUCUAGGAGAGAGCCCAGGUUGCACGUUCUACGCUAUGGAGUUCACAGAGGAGAGUGCCGAUGAUGCGUACGUGUCGCUGCUAUGGAGUUUAAUGAAGACAUGAUUAGUACUAUUAAUAUGUGGGGUUAAGUACUAUUAAUAUGUGGGGCUAAGUACUUUGUUAUGUGGGAUUAGCACUAUAUGACAUUCGUGUGAAGAACUA